AUGGACAUUUUUGAAUUUAUUUGCAUAUCUGUGAUUACAUUUGUGUGUGGUAUAAUAUGUACACUUGUACUGGAGUUUUACUUGUUCAAAAAAUACUUGGAAGAAGCACCACUAGCAAGUCCACUAAAAAAAUCAAUCUAUUAUGGAAAGGCUCAAUUACCUAAGGAAUUACUUGAAAAAAUUCAAGAUGAAAAGACAAAUUCUACAAGUAUAUCACGUCAAAGUAUGUGCCAGGGCAAUGAGAACUUGGCAAUAAAUUUAACAUUGCAAUUUUUGUUCAAUGAACUUAGAAAUGCUGAGAGAGUACGUCUCUGGUUAUAUAGAAAAUUAAAUAAUGAAUUUAAAGAAUUAUUAACUCAGUCUACCACUGGUAAAUUAUUGGAUAGUGUACAGUUAAGAGACUUAAAUCUAGGGACACAGUUUCCCACAAUAAAAGGUUUAGAAGUUGCAGAUUCAAAAAUAGAUGCUGAUACAGGUUUACUAGAGACAUUAGAUUUAUCUUUAGAUUUACAUUAUUCAGGAAAUUUUCAAUUAUCUAUAGAUGUUAAAAUGCUACUGGGAAAGACUGCUUAUAUGGCUUUACAAGUGAAACGUAUCAGUGGCAGAGCUAGGUUGCAGUUUACACGUGUUCCAUAUACUCAUUGGUCCUUAAGUUUUUAUUCCGAUCCUAUACUUGAAUUGGAAGUACAAUCUCAAUUUCAAGGUCGUCAAUUACAACCACAGAUCAUCUCUUUGAUCACAGGACAAAUUCGAAGAGCUGUGCGUAGGAAGCAUACACUACCUCGCUAUAAAAUGCGUUACAAACCAUUCUUCCGCAGACUGAAUGACGAAGCCGUAGAUUUAUCUGAAGUUGCCAACAUGCAAUUAAUACCAGGUUACUUAGAAAUAUCAUUGGUGGAAGUAACUAGAUUAAAUCUUGGACCUAAUAUACUUAAUGCAGAGGAUAGAUCACAAGUUGAAGUAUAUUGUACAAUAUGCAUAGACUCAACACCCUGGGUAUAUCUGACUCAAUAUACUGGAGUUCCUUAUAUGGUGUUGGACUUAAUUAUUAGUAAAGUUGGUUCUCAGCAACUUGGUGUAGUAUUUAAGCAAGAAUUUGUGCCAGAAAUAGGUCACGUUUGUGUACUAGUCGAAACUAUAAUAGUUGGAAGUCCAGCUGCUAUUGCUGAGAUGAAAAAGGGAGAUAUUUUAAUUGCAGUGGAUGGCAAAAAAGUAUCUAACAUGAAUCAAGUAGCUAAAUUUGUAAAAAGUGCAGUACAAAGGCGUUUUAUCAUAAGGGUUGAAAGAAAGUAUUCCAAAAUAGAUUUGGAUAAACAAGCUACUAUGAAAUUGGAUAGUGAAAGAAUAUCAGCAGAGAGAGGAGUAGAUAGAAAAACAUUAAAAACUGAUUCUGGAUUAAAUAAGGGAGAUACUCCCAAUACUGAAGAUAGCAAAAUCAAAUUUGAAAGUCAAAUUAAAUUUUCAGAUUUGAAAGAUUGUGAAAAUGAAAUUUCUGAUAAAUUGGAAAUGACUAGUAAACUUUUUAGAAGAAGGAAAAGCAGUGCACAUACCGAUGAUACUGCUCAAACGCCAGACACUACGCCUUCCAGAAAAAUUUCAACUACUUCAAAUCAAUCAAUAAUAUCGAGUAAUUCUCAAUUUUACCUUAACGACGAUAACUAUGUGACGAAUAUAUCAGAUUUGUAUUACACUACAAAAGAAAAAGAAUAUGCCUCGUUAAUUACUUUUGAGGAAACUAGGACUUUUCAAGUUGACUCGGAACUUCAAUAUUUAAAUAUAGGAGUUUGGGGUCGUGUAAGAGGUGAAAUUCAUACAAAAUUGUUAGGAUAUAUCAAUGUCCCCAUGAAAUUAAUUUUAGCACAAUGUUAUACGUCCACAACUGGUCAUUAUCUUAAAUGCCAUGCUUUAUUACCACCAGAUAGUGCUUCUUUGGCAACAGUUCAUCCAAAACUACAAGACUAUUCGGGAUUUGAUCCAACGCUUUGUUACGGUGAUAUUUUAUUAUCUUAUGUAUGGGAGUCCAAUUAUCCAAAUCGUCAUAUGACUGAUGAUUUAGGAAAAAAGGAAAAUACAGAAACUGUCAAAAUACAACCAUCUUUGAGUGAGGAAAUUGCUGAGAAAAAGAUGCACAGCUUUAUUAGAACUCAUUUUCAUAGAGCAACACAUUGUGAUUUUUGUACAAAGAAGAUUUGGCUAAAGGAUGCAGUGCAGUGCAGAGAUUGUGGUAUGGUGUGUCAUAAAAAAUGUGAAGUCCGUUGUCAAGCAUCGGGAACAUGUGGUGCCGAAAAUAUAGCAACAAUGGCAUUAGAAGCGUUUGAAAUAGAGCCUACUUCUCUCAUUGGAGAAUCGGGUCCAGAGAUUUCCUUAACCAGUUGUGAAGAUAAUGUACAGGGUGCAACUAUGAUGGCCAUGAAGGCUAGUAUAGCUAAUACUCUGUUGGGCCUGAAGAAGGCUGGAAGUACCAGUUGCUUGGCCCCACCGGCUUCCGGUACCGGUCUGGCAUCUAGAAGUCUUCCCCCAAGUCCCUGUGCAUCCCGCAAGAAUUCAUUGGUUGGAGGCUUGGGAAUAAGCUCUGAUCUCUUGGAGGGUGCUGAACCUAGCGUAGCAGCUCCUCUAGUAGCUGGGGAUUUGGACGAUGGUCUUAUGUCUAGGGCUAAAGAUACCGGCAAGUUUCUAUACAAACAUUUGGAACUACAAGAACGCGUUGAAAAAAUUAAUACUAUGAUGGGGAAGCUGAAAACUGCACUUGACGCGGAAACUACCUCAAGAUUAGAAUUAUCGCAAAGCGGAGAAAUUGACAGUAUUAAAUUGAUUGCACAAAGUGAUUUACGGGUGCAAGCACUGAGUGUCUUACUUUUGCAUUACUGCGCCGGGUUACAACAUGCGCAAGAAGCAUUAGACCGAUCUCAAUGUAAUAAGGAGUCUUCGCAGACUUAAUUUUUACAAGAAGACUCUGAUAGACAACCACCGAUAUGCAUUUCAGUCCCCCAUACGUUCUAUUUCACUUCAGGUCUAAAUUAACGGUCAUCGAUAAAUUUGAUAGAUUAUAAUUCUG